AUGUCGUACUGCCUGGAGCUGUCUCAGUUAAUAAACAAGACCAUAGCCGAACCCGUAACGACCGAUGAACUGAACCGACUGCAGAAAGGAUUGCUGAAACAGGCUGGGGGACGAACCAUCCUCCUGACUCGACUGUAUGAGCGGGUGUUGCUGCAAAUCAAAUGCAACUUGAGCCACGAAACGGUACCGAAGUUCUGGGCACGUUUUACGCCCAGCAUUCGGCAAGCUGGCGAUCAAACUUCAUUAGGACUGCAGAAACACUUAGGGGUUGCUGUCGCAACGGAGAUCAACGGCCGAUUGCUCGAGUUUCAGAAUGCGGUGAAAGAAUUAUACCUUCAGUAUGCUUUUUUCCGGCGCCAGCUCAAACGUCUCACUGUCGUAUGUGCGGACACUAUCGUGCCGCAUCAUGUGAGAAAAAAAUCGAACGAGGUAACGGAAUUCCACGAUAUGUUCCACUGCGAACUGCUUAGCCAAUUACCGUCGCACUUCAAUGACCUCGUUUAUGACUUCUAUACAAUCGCCUUUCGCGUGUUCGUAUUCACGUACGCGGAAAAUGAAGAUUACAUGGAGAUUCCCGAAUCGCAUCAUUGCGAGGCAUGUGGUGUAGAAAACAACGAGUGCCAGUGCCAAACCAUUGCCAGCGCGUUCAACAUCACGAAUAAGUACCUCUCUUUGAUGGGUCUUUUGGAUCAAAUCGCAGGUUACACGCUGAAUCAGUUGAUCCAGGAGCGGAUAGAUGCGAAAGUACGAGAAACGAAGGAAAACUAUGCCACCUCGCACGUUGAAUCGCUAGAAUUGUGGCUGAAUACAGUGGUGUUGCAGUGGUUGACGCGCAUCUAUAACCAAGGGUCAUUGCAAGUCAAACCGGAGCAUCAUUCGGUCCAGGAAGCUAUCAAUAACUUUCAGUUGAAGCUGAGCUUUUAUAUGUACGAAAACUACGCAAAUACGAUCGUCAACCAGUUCUUCCAGAUCAUUAUUAACUUCCCAAUGUCCCAACCUGCGGUGGACGAUCUAAAGCUGUGCCUGGGAAAGAUUAAACUGAAACGGUGCUUCGUUGAAACGAUUCGUCAAAUGUUACAGAACUGUCUGCUACAUCCGGGGGUCGACACACCGGACAUACUGACGGGUUACGUGGCAGCGCUGAAAACUCUUGCCCACUUCGAUACGAGCGGAGUACUUCUACGUUCGAUUACAAAACCCGUUAAGGAAUACCUACGCGGGCGGCCGGAAACCGUGCGGUGUGUCGUGACGAGUCUUACCGGAGAAGGCACAUCAGAUCUGGCAGAAGAGUUGGCAAAGAGCGAUCCAAAUGAGACGAAAGCUCCAAACGAAAAUCCAGAAGAAACGGACUGGAAAAACUGGAACCCUGAUCCAGCCAAUGUCGCUCCGGCCAUGCUGAAAAGUGCCAGUUCUAGCAAGGCUGCCGAUAUUAUAUCGAUGGUCGUUGAUAUAUACGGUAGCAAGGAAAUAUUCGUUAAUGAAUAUCGCAACCUGCUUGCAGAAAGGUUACUUUCGCAGAUGGACUUCAAUCCCGAGCGGGAGGUUAAGAAUCUCGAGUUAUUGAAGCUGCGCUUUGGCGAAAGUAUGCUACACAGCUGUGAAGUGAUGCUGAAAGAUAUAACGGACUCGAAGCGUAUCAACAACCAUAUAAUGUUGCCAGAUUCCGAAUCAGACAAAAACAUCCCUUUCCCACUGUCGGCUCUAAUUGUUUCAUCGCAGUUUUGGCCAACGUUUAAGAAGGAAACAAUGGAGCUGCCGUCAGCGAUAAAGGAAAUAUUUGAUAUCUACACGAAGGCAUACGAAGCGUACAAAGUAAACAGAACGCUUCACUGGACGCCACUCAAUGGGAAAGUAUGUAUAGAGGUGGAGCAUAACGGCAAGGUACAAGAGAUGCUGGUCACUCCUGCUCAAGCAGCAAUAAUAAUUCAUUUCAGCGAACAGUCGCAAUGGGAAUUGGAUGCCUUGGGUCAGGUAUUGAACAUGCCACCGAUCGUUCUCCGGAAGCGCUUGCUCUUCUGGCAAUCGAACGGAUUGAUACGCGAAACAAAAGAAAACGUCUUUGUGUUGGUCGACAAAAAUGAUGAUUCCGAGAAAAGUUUGGAGCAGAUGCAAGGCCAAUCGAACGAUAUGUGCGAGGAGGAAGAGGCAGAAAGUGCAAUGGAAUCCGCUAGUGACCAGCGUGAAGAGGAACUACAAGUUUUCUGGUCGUACAUCGAAGCAAUGUUAACUAAUCUAGACUCGCUGCCACUGGAUCGUAUCCACCAAAUGCUGAAAAUGUUCGCUUCCCAGGUCGAUUUUACUCAGGACGAACUGAAGAACAUCCUGCAACGUAAAGUUCGGGAACAUAAAUUGGUGUACGCAGGUGGUGUGUAUCAGUUGCCGAAAUCGUAAACAGAUUAACCGGUAGAAAAACGUUUAUUAUAAAAACUGGUCAAUAUAAUUUGGGUU